AUCUCACCUAACUUUUCUUUUACCAUCUAUAACAUAACCACACUUUCCAAGCGAUAUUCGAGUUAGAUUAUUCGGUCGCAUUCGGUCCAAUACGGGAAGUAUUGUUUUAAAAUUGAAUAAGAUUAAUCUUUCAAUAAAAAAUGUCAAUAUUUCGCAACGUUAUUAACAAGUUGCAAGGGGCUACUCAUCAAGCGUUGAAAUAUUGCACGAUUGUUGAAAAUCAAACGAAAGCGCAGGAUAUCGUACCAAUUAUAUCCAAAGUACAAUACGAUGAUGAAAACUCACUUUACCAGAAGUCUCGGCAAGUAUGGCUGGAGAAUUUGGAUACUAUAAAAGAGAAAAAGCUGGGUUUUGUCACUUUACAUCCACAUAUAUUUGCGGCUACACCGCGUAUCGAUAUCAUUCAUCAAAAUGUGAGAUGGCAAAAGAUGUACCGGUGGGUGUGUUAUGCACAUACAAAAACGCGUACCGAGGUAAGAGGUGGUGGUAGGAAACCUUGGCCACAAAAAGGAACAGGACGAGCUCGUCAUGGAAGCAUACGUUCACCACUAUGGAGAGGUGGUGGACGAGCACAUGGUCCCCGUUCUCCUACACCACAUUUUUAUAUGCUACCCUUUUUCACUCGUGUAGCAGGUCUUACAUCAAUGUUAUCUGUAAAACUUGCACAAGAUGAUCUACACAUAAUUAAUAAUUUGGAAAUACCUACAUCAGAAUGUUCCUAUAUCGAGCAACUGGUAGAGGAAAGGAACUGGGGACCAUCUGUUCUCAUCGUGGAUAGCUAUGAUAUUAUGCCUAAGAAUAUUACAUUAGCUACUGAUGAGAUUAAACACAUCAAUCUUAUGCCUGUUUAUGGUCUGAAUGUAUAUAGCAUGCUGAAACACAACACUCUGGUGCUUACAGAACAGGCAGCUAGAUUGAUAGAAGAAAAAUUGCUUUUUCAAUUGAAUAGAUCGGAUUUUAGGCGGCUAAUGGUUCCAUUUAAACUUAGUCAACAUUGAAGAACAGUUCUCAAUGCAAUUGUUUUAUACAUAUAUACAGAUUGCUUGUACAUUUUAAAUAUUACUUAACAUUACU